AUGCAGUUAGUCAAGCGUCUGCUCCGAAAGAAUGAGGCUCCUCUGGAACAGCUCCUGAACAGACUUUCUGAGAGACGGUAUGUGUCCAGCAGUCUAAACCAAUCCAGCAAGGGAACAGUACCUUCUCAGCCUCAUAACAAUGGACCACUGCUCCCUGAAUGCACCGGGCCAGAAUUCAAGCUUGUAAGGACUGCUGAUUACACCUUUGGAGUUGCACUCGGAGACAACUGCUGUAUGUUUAUCAUCGUGAACUUCAUUGAAGCCGAACAAGUUGAGGUAGUUCCUGGAGCAUGGGUCAAGGGAACAAGAUGCAGAUGGCCAAGGGUUGGAACGGACAAAGCCAAAAAGCUUAUUUUGAAACGUGCAUCACCGCAGUCGUCAUGGGACAGCUAUGACGUUCAAGUCAUAGGCGUGUUUGCAACAUAUGAGGAAGCACGCGAUAAACUUGAGCGGGCACAGUAUACCUCAGACGUAAACUCUGACACACCGAAUGAAGGGGUCAAAAGGAAGCGUUUCCCUCCCUCUCGCUUUAUUGAGGAAACAGAUGAACCUCUAUCAGAAAUAUCUUCCACACAACAUACGCUGACAUUCAUCGUUGCUUCAGCAGGUACUGCAAAGCACUCACGUCCCCUUCCCUUGUCAGAGUCUGAGCCAGAAGAUGACAAGGACAGUGAAGAUGAUGCACCCCCUAUCCCAGAAAACUUUCCGACGUGUCCUAUUUUUGAGCAUAAAUCUGGAGGUGGCCACACAAGCAGCCAAGGUUCUAGUCGUGCUCAGCUCUCCCAAGGCAGCAACAGCAGUUCAUUGUAUGAAGCAUCAUCAGUGGCAUCUCGGGAAAUUCUAGGUGGCGAUUCUAGAGAAAGUGGUCAUCAACCUAAACAUGCCCUGGCUACAGCGGAAUUUCAGAGACAGGUUCUAAAGCUGCUACAGCAAAUAAGACUUACACAGCAGGGUGACAGUGACCUCCUUCGUGAGCUGUGCUCCCAAAGGACUGCAUCUACCUCUUCAAAGCCACUACAAGUGCUCAUAGAAAAGCCAUUCACAUCCUCAGAGGAACUCGAGCUGUUUGAAGCUGAACUUGAUGAAGCAAAGAAGUCCAUCCUGGUGCAAGAACUUGGCGCAAUUGGAGGGAAUGAUAUAGGCCAGGCCGUUCGGAAUAUCCUUGCUUACCUGUUGACAAAUGAAGCUGCUGGGGACUACAGCUGGCUGGGGCGAAAG